AUGCGGGUGCGGGACCGAGGGCUCCCGGUGUCUGUGUCUCGGCGAUGCCAUGCGGUGAUGUGCCAGUGGGUGUCCAGUUUCGGGCUGGCUCCGUGGGUGCCGUUUGCCGAACGGGACUCCUUCGUGCAGCUGCCUUGCCCCCCGGGCCCCGGCCCCGGCUCCUUGGGCCUCACCGCCGAGCACGUCCGGCAGGAGAUAGAGCGCUGCAAGGAGCUUUGCAGCGCACUGGAGCAAGACCACGUGAACCUACAAACGGCCACGGGAGCCGUCGAGCAAAGGACACGAGGGCUGAGGAAAGAGAGGGAACAUCUGCAUGAAAACUUUAAGCAGCAAAAGUAUUUCAAGAGAGAAGAAGAGAUCUGCCUCCAGGACAGCGUUUUGCUAGCAAGGGAGAUGAAGAACACACUGAUGCAGAGGUAUCAGAUGCUGAGCAAGAUACUGGAAGAAAAAAGGAAGAAGUUCUGGAAGGAUCUGGAGAUGGGCUGGGGAGAAGGGCUGAGCACAGGUCAUGUCCUGGGAGCAGAUGGAGCUGUGUCUGGGGAGCGGGGAGGGCAGAGCGAGCUGUGGCUCUCCCGUCCCUCCCGAGGCUGCUGGGCUUUCCUCCCCACCCUGGCAGUGGCAGAGCUGCUGCUUGAGAGAGGACGCAUCCAGGUGCCCUUGGGGAAGCAAACAUACGAGCUCAAAAUAUCCCCGUGCCUGAGUGGGGAGGCCUCAGACCUGCAGCUCCAGCCCUCCCGCUGUCCCCGGACCGUCCUGCUCUCGGGGAUCCCGGACGUGCUGAGCGAGGAGCCCAUGAGGGACAUCCGGGAGAUGCAGAAGCCCAGCAGCGGCGGGGGGGAGAUGGACUCGGUCGGUUACGUCCCGGCGGGCAGCCACGGGGUGGCCGCGUUCACGGAGGACGCGGAGCAGCGAUGA